AUGGUAUAUUUACUUUUAGAAUCCAUUGGUGUCUGUUAUAACAAUGACACGCUCCACAUGAAUCCAAUUUUUUUGAUCACAUUUGGUUCUGGUUCAGAACAAUACGCUAGAGCAUCACCUUCGGAUUUUAAUUUCACUACAAGUUAUGGGCAACAAAAUGAGCCCAGCACCGGCGACGGUCAGUUCAGUUUUAUCAACGAGAUUCAUAAUGACUAUGGGACAUGGUAUACGGGAUCAUUGGAUCAUACCCCGGAUGAUGUUGGUGGAUACAUGAUGUUGGUCAAUGCAGCCUAUCAACCCGGCGAGUUUUACCGCGGUACAGUCAACAGUUUAUGCAUUGGCUUACGUUAUGAAUUUUCCUUCUACUUGGCUAAUAUUCAUAUACCAAACAGUGAGAUUCAACCGAAUAUUCUAAUCGAAGCCCGAAGUCUGACUCUAGAUAACCGUUUACUUGUUCAAGUAUCCACGGGCGACAUACCUUCAAAUGACAGAUUGAUAUGGUUGAAAUAUGGUCUGUCAUUCAUAGCACCGAGUCAUUCAGUUGUUCUAUUAAUGAUAUCAAAUGCUUCUGGCGGUUACGGAAAUGAUUUUGUGAUUGAUGAUAUAGCUUUACGCGUUUGUUCAAAUCCAGGUUCUGGCGUCUGUCCUCCAACUUCAUAG